UACUGACCUCAUCAACCUGAGCUUGAGACUCUUGAAGUUUCUUUUGGGAGUCCGUCGGUUUUUUUGUGCUCUGUCCUUUGUUGUCAGCCAUUGUGCCUGCAAGAGUAACGGAACCAAUAUCAGUGCUACGGAAAUUUAGAAACUAAAUGUCUAAUAGGGUAACAGCAGAAUGAGUAAUGUAGAUCAGAAUGUCAAAACCAUUGCGGACAAAAUAACCACACCCGAGAAUAGUAAUUGCAAUAUAAAUACUACAACUAUAAUUAGUUUAAUAGACACAUAUGGAACUAAUGAUGACGGUCAAAAUAAUAUGAACGCAGAGAAUAAAACCAUAGACGUGGAGGAUGAAAAAUAUUCCGUUUCAAGUCUUUUAUGGAGAGAUUUAUAUCCUCAAGUAUUAGCUAGUUGUAUAUCUUUAUUAAUGGUCAUUCAACCGGGAAUACAUUUAGCGUAUUCAAAUAAUAUGUUGCAUCAUAUGCCAUCAAUAAAUAAAGAACAAUUUUCAUGGAUAACAAGUAUUUCGGUUUUGUGUACACCCGUUGGAGCAUUCUUCGUCGGUUUGGUGAUGGAUAGAAUUGGCCGGAAGAACGCUUGUCUCUUAACUUGCUUACCAUUACUCGCAUCGUGGACAAUAGUGACCAUUUCAAGUACAGAUAACAUCUACACAUGUUAUGUCUUUAGACUGUUGGGCGGGAUCGGUGCAGGAAUGACUACGGUGGGCUUAGUGUACGUGUCGGAAAUUAGUCACUCGUCGUACAAGCAGAUAUUGCUAUCUCUUAAUAGCGUUUUCUUUUCUGGUGGCGUACUACUCUCCACUUGUUUGGUUGACCUGAAAUGGAAUGUCAUAAACUUCUCUUUCGUCAUAUUCACGAUUGUCAACAUGGCGCUUAUAAUAAUUUACUUGCCGGAAAGUCCUAUCUGGAUACUGAAGUUUAAGAGUUCCGAGCACAUUAAUAAAGCUAAAAUAGCAGUGAAACAGAUUUAUCCGAACGAUAAUCAGGUGUUCGAAGCCGAGUGGAGGCGCCUGAGGUCCGCGUCGGACGACGCCGCCGGCCCGGACGUCCGUCAGCCGUCGUUUUUCAAGUCGGUUCGGUCCAAUCCCGCGGCGUACAAGCCGAUGGUCAUACUGACGGUGCUGCUGCUGCUCCAGCAACUGACCGGCGCCUAUUCGAUCAUAUCGUACGCGCUGCCCAUACUGAAGUCGGUGGUGCCCGCCGCUUACCCGCCGGCCAUCGGGAUUCAAUCGCUGGCCGCGCUGGGCAUCGUCAGGUUCGCAUCCGGCGUGUUGGCGUGCGUGCUGUCAUUGCGCGUGGGCCGAAAACCGCUGCUGGUGUUUUCGUGUGUGGCCAUGGCGACGUCGUCCGUCUUGGUGGCGGCCACUCACCAUAGCCGGGACACGACCGCCGUCCCUUGGUCGCUAUGCGGCGUCAUGCUGUACGUGUUCAGCAGUUCCGUCGGCGUGCUCGUGUUUCCGUGGACGAUGAUAUGCGAAAUGCUGUCCACGCCCGUCCGGGCGGUCGGCGGCUGCAUGCUCGUGUCGUACGCUUACCUGAUCAUGUUCGCCACGCUCAAAGUGUUCCCGUACGUUUUGGCCGCCGUCUCCGUGCCAAACGUGUUUCUCGUGUUCGGCGCCGUGUCCACGUCCAUGGCCGUAUACGUGCACUUCGUCGUGCCCGAGACAUUGGGCAAGAGCUUUCGAGAAAUAGAGGACUACUUCACGCGACCGAGUAAACCACUGUAAAGCUCGUUCGCAGCAAUACGAUGGCAUCAUAUUAUUUAUUGUAUAUACACUCCCGCACAACCUUAUACAUUUGGUGAACAUUUGAAACCGCUCCACUCCUCCUCAUCAACGCUGCGGGUGGAAUUCGAGAGAGAACCCACCUGUAGUUAGUAAAGACGGUUCUAUGUAUAAAAUUUUAUCCUGGCACAAAGUUAUACUUUUACCCUCUCAUCUAUUCACACAGGUCUAUUUACACGUCCGCUGUGGUAUUAGCGAUAUACGUUGUACGUCAUAUUUUGUAAUCAAAAAUCAAAUUUUUAAAUUAAUUAUUAUUAUUGUAUACGAACGAUAUGGUAUUGUGAUAACACUGAUAAGUGAUUAUAGUUCAGUAUGUAUAAUCUAUUAAUAUUGUUGUGAUGGCAUAUCAAAACAAAUGUUAAUCAUUACAAACAAUCAUAAUUCUAAGUAUUAUCUUGUUAUUGUAUACGUUGCACGUCGUAAUUUUUAUAAUAAUAUGUUAAUUAAGUUAAGGUAAUAUAACAUGUUUAUGAAUUGUAAAUCCCAGUUUCAAGUGUAUUGGGUCGCUGAAUAUUUAUGAUUAUUUUUAACUAAUAAUAAACUAUUUCUAUGUAAAUUAUUGUAUUUUAAUAUAAUUUAUUUAUUGGAUACAUAAUAACUAUUUGAAUUUCGAUUUCAAUUUACAUGUAGGUUAGAUAAUAAUAAUAUUAGGUAACUAAUAAUCCUGAUCAUGAUUUUUGUUACCUAUAUCGUGUUUUAACAAUGUCGAUUUUAUAAAAAACCAUUAUCUAUUUAUAUUUCUGGUUUAAGCUACUUUGAAGUUUACGUAUUGUCUUAUCUCUAUUUUAAUAUUAAAUUUAUAUAAUUUAUAUUUUAUUUUGUUAAAUUUUUUAUUUCUAUAUUUCGUAUACCUAAAUAUUCUAUAGAGGUACUUACAUUUACUUACUGUUAGUACUUGUGUUCUCUGUGUAACGUAUUGCAAGUAACCUGGAUAUACCGAAAUAUAAUUUUGAACACAUUGAAUUUGAUUAGGCAAUAUAAUAAGGCGUGUAUACCUAAUAAUUAUUAUUAGGUUAUAAUAUUAUUAUAAUUAAUGCGCUCGUAUAUUACUCAUAUAGAAGUUGAUGUUUUCGUAUAGCCGUGUA